AUGGAACUUGGCACUGUUAAGGAGCUCUCCAAGCUGGGCCUGGGGAGUGACACGGAGGUGGAGCUGCGGACUCUUGAGCUGCCUGUAGAUUACAGGGAGGUGAAGCAGAGGGUCACCAGAAUCUGGGAAGAUCUUCAACCGCAACUCGCCGUGCAUGUGGGCCUGGACGCCGCCGCCAAGGCCAUCGUUCUGGAACAGUGCGGCAAGAACCGGGGCUACCGGGACGCUGACAUCCGGGGCUUCCGGCCCGACGGCGGCGUGUGCCUUCCGGACGGCCCGGAAGUGAUCGCGUCGGGAGUCAGCAUGAAGACGAUCAGCAGGCGCGUGGCCGUGGAGGGCGUGGAGGUGGCCUUUUCCCGGGACGCAGGCAGAUAUGUCUGCGAUUACACCUACUACCUGUCUUUGCAUCAUGGAAAUGGGUGCGCGGCACUCAUCCACAUCCCUCCGUUAUCUCGUUGGCUCCCGGCCAGCCUGCUGGGAAAAGCCCUGCAAGUGAUCAUCCAGGAAAUGCUGGAGGAGAGGGAGAAAGCCCGAGCUCAAAGCCUCGUUUGCAGAAAACUCAAUCUCCGUGACUCCAGCCAAGGGGAACCAAUUGGGGGACUGCUCCUUUAG